CUCAGAUCGUGGACUGGGCCGAUCGUCUACAGCAACGACGGCUUCUGCAAACUGUCCGGUUACCAUCGAGCCGAGGUGAUGCAGAAGAGCAGCACCUGCAGCUUCAUGUAUGGAGAGCUGACGGACAAAGACAUGACUGAGAAGGUUCGGCAGACUUUUGAGAGCUACGAGAUGAACUCUUUUGAGAUUCUGAUGUACAAGAAAAACAGGAUGCCAGUUUGGUUUUUCGUGAAGAUCGCUCCAAUCAGGAACGAGCAGGAUAAAGUGGUGCUGUUUCUCUGCACCUUCAGUGACAUCACCGCCUUCAAGCAGCCAAUCGAGGACGACUCUUCAAAAGGUUGGGGUAAAUUUGCCCGUCUGACUCGUGCGUUAACCAGCAGUCGAGGAGUUCUGCAGCAGCUCACUCCAGCUGUCCAAAAAGGAGAGAACGUCCACAAACACUCACGGCUGGCAGAGGUUCUCCAGCUGGGUUCAGACAUCUUGCCUCAGUACAAACAGGAAACCCCGAAGACGCCGCCGCACAUCAUCCUGCACUACUGCCUCUUCAAGACGACGUGGGACUGGGUCAUCCUCAUCCUCACCUUCUACACCGCCAUCAUGGUGCCCUACAACGUCUCCUUCAAGACCAAGCAGAACAACGUCACCUGGCUGGUGGUGGACAGCAUCGUGGACGUCAUCUUCCUCGUCGACAUCGUUCUCAACUUCCACACCACCUUCGUUGGCCCGGCCGGGGAGGUCAUCUCCGACCCAAAACUCAUCCGCAUGAACUACGUUAAGACCUGGUUUGUCAUCGACCUGCUGUCCUGCCUGCCUUAUGAUGUCAUCAACGCCUUCGAGAACGUCGACGAGGGGAUCAGCAGUCUCUUCAGCUCUCUCAAAGUGGUCCGUCUGCUGCGUUUGGGUCGGGUCGCCAGGAAGCUGGACCACUACAUCGAGUACGGUGCGGCCGUACUGGUUUUACUGGUGUGCGUGUUCGGCCUGGCGGCCCAUUGGCUGGCCUGCAUCUGGUACAGCAUCGGAGACUACGAGGUGAUCGACGAGGACACCAACAGCGUGAGGAUGGACAGCUGGCUGUUCCUGCUGGGGGAGACGGUGGGGACGCCGUACAGGUUCAACGCUUCGGGCUCGGGCCGCUGGGAGGGGGGGCCCAGCAAAGACUCGGUCUACAUCACCUCGCUGUACUUCACCAUGACCAGUCUGACCAGCAUCGGCUUCGGGAACAUCGCACCAAACACGGACGGAGAGAAGAUCUUCGCUGUGGCCAUGAUGAUGAUCGGAUCGCUGCUGUACGCCACCAUCUUCGGUAACGUCACCACCAUCUUCCAGCAGAUGUACGCCAACACCAACCGCUACCACGAGAUGCUCAACAGCGUGCGAGACUUCCUCAAACUCUACCAGGUUCCCAAAGGCCUCAGCGAGAGGGUGAUGGACUACAUCGUGUCCACCUGGUCCAUGUCCAGAGGCAUCGACACCGACAAGGUGCUGCAGAUUUGUCCGAAGGACAUGCGUGCAGAUAUCUGCGUCCACCUCAACAGGAAGGUGUUUAAGGAACACCCGGCGUUUCGGCUGGCGAGUGACGGCUGCCUGCGAGCCCUCGCCAUGGAGUUCCAGACCGUCCACAGCGCGCCGGGUGACCUCAUCUUCCACGCCGGAGAGAGCGUGGACAGCCUCUGCUUCGUGGUGUCGGGGUCACUGGAGGUCAUCCAGGAUGAAGAGGUGGUGGCCAUUUUAGGUAAAGGUGACGUGUUUGGUGACGUGUUCUGGAAGGAGAUGACGUUGGCGCAGUCGUGCGCUAACGUUCGAGCGUUGACCUACUGCGACCUGCACAUCAUCAAACGAGACGCGCUGCAGAAAGUUCUGGCGUUUUACUCCGCCUUCGCAAACCACUUCUCCAGGAAUCUGGUGCUCACCUACAACCUGAGGAAGAGGAUCGUCUUCCGGAAGAUCAGUGAUGUGAAACGUGAGGAGGAGGAGAUGUUGAAGAGGAAGAAUGAGGCUCCUCUGAACCUUCCUCCAGAUCAUCCGGUCCGACGACUCUUCCAGCGUUUCCGGCAGCAGCGGGAGGCACGGCUCGCCACGGAGCGGGUCGAUCAGGAAGGCGGUGAUGUGGAGAAAGGUGUCGUUGCUCUGGGGCCGUCCAGAGGUCCAGAGAUCCUGGCCUCCACCAGUAUAGUCAUGGUGACGGAGAGCCCCGCCACACCCACCACCUCCACAACAUCCAUCCCUUCCUCUUCAUCCAGGACCUCCAGCCGAGUCAUGCUCCACGCUCCGGCCACCCAAAACGGAAACCUGAUCGGCUGCAAAUCCGCGGAGCCGGCCAAAGCUAAAGGCUGGGGACGAUUCAAGGAGUCAGUCGUGAAGGCCGAGUCGUGGAGCAGCGUCUCUAAGGCCGAGUCCAUGGAGACGCUGCCCGAUAGAACUAAGUCUCAGGACGAGUUGUCCCUCAAGAAAACAGACUCCUGUGACAGCGGCAUCACAAAGAGCGACCUCCGUUUGGACAAUGUCGGCGAUGCCAGAACGCCGCAGGAGCAAAGCCCGGUCCCGUCUGACGAGAAGAGGGUCUUCUGUCCGAUACCGGAGCAGAGCAUGCAAGCCCCUUUCCUCGAGCUGAAACAGGAAUUAAGAGGAGACAUCAGAUGUCUCAACAAUCGCAUGGCAGCGCUGGAGACUCAGCUGGCUGAGAUGCUGAGACUUCUCAAAUCCAGGAAGUCGUCAGGCUCCUUCUUCGAGAUCUCGCGGCCUCCUUCCCCCGACUCCGAUAAGGACAGCGUUUCCUAAACAGGACACGGAGUCGGUCUGCAGGAAUCGAACUCGACCCGUUCGGCCUCCUGAUGUCAGAGAAGAUCUUCCGACUGCAGUGUGAAGCUGUGCUGAUGGUCGACGGCGAUAUCACACAAAAGCACAUUAUCACUUUGAUCAAAGAAUAAAGAAAGAGUCAUGAUGGCACCUUCGGUCCCCAGGAGGGGUUAGGCCUUCAUAUGAGUUUUGCAAUAAUAAGAGACGGCUUUAACAUUGUUGUUUUAAACAGGACUUUGGCACUGUGAUGAUAGAAAUCGUGUUCUAAGGGUUCAUUUGGUGGCUUUGACCCGUCUCAUGACGUCUGGUCCACAAAGUCUGUUUAGCUGACACGGGGUGUGUUCAGGGACAAUCAAAGAGGGACAUAUCGCUGUGAUUCAAGUGGACAUGUGGAUCCCAAACCUUAAAAACAGACAAAAAGAUGAUGGCGUCCAUGACAUCACUACUUUCACGUAUCACAGAUUGUGAUUGGUUGUUAAGAGCGUCAAUCAAAAGAUGGACAUUCACUCGUAAAAGGACUUUCAGCUGAUAGUGGUUUGGUUCGGUGGGAUUUAUUACAGAAAAGGCGGCAGAAUGUCCCCCCCCCCCUUCAUGCAGACGUAACACUGUGUUAGAUUUCAGUGAGAAGUCUUUGAUGUUUGGGGUUGGUAGUGUUUUUAUAUCCAGAAUGAAAGACGUGAUGCAGCACAGUGACAAUGAAGCCCUACAUCUAUGUGAUGCUUUCUGCACAGAGCUGGACAAUAGUCUUUACUUUAGUUUGAGUUUUUAUAAAAGUUAACAUGAUUCCAUGUUGAUUCAGCUCUGAAUGGAUCUCAACCGUAAUCUUAUGGCUUCAGUGUGAAGGGUCACACGUCUGCGGAUGCUUCUGAAUUCAAGUGGAAUAUAUUUAAACUCAUUGCAGCUAUUUAAAUCAGGUGUUUUUAAGAAAUGGUUGAUUUAAAAUGAUAUGGUCUAUUACUAAAUCAGCAUGUCAUGUUGGGAAAAGAUCACUCCAGCUGACAGUAAUGUUACUUCCUGUCCUCUUAACUCCUCGUACACAAUGACUAAUUGUAAAAUAAUUUUUUGUCGUCCUCGGUUAUUUAAAGAUACACUUCCUGAUUUUACCCAAUGCCAUCCCAAAUGUCAAAAGUGUCGACCAUUAAACAUUAAAGCUGCAUUAAAGGGCAGAAGGACUCUAAAGCACUCGGUGUGUUCUCUGUUUGAAGGGUGUAGUAAUAUUUUGGGUCGUUGACUUGUAGGUAGAAAGUUUCUGUGCUGAAGGUGAAAGUCAGUCAGUGCCUCCGGCAGAGCUGUUGCAUCUGUCCGUCAGACAUUUGCCUCUUUGUUUUAUAACUUUGCUUCAUUAGUGUUCAGCGGAGCGUCGCUGUCGGACCUGCAGGACGUUGUUUCCUCUCCAGAAGUCGCUGCUUGUUCCUCUGAAGUCUCAGCGGUGACUUAUAGCAACUAAACUACCUGCAGUGCAAACUGUAGGUUUCACCUCUGGACGGCGACAUCUGUUGUCAUGUGGUACGACAACCACACAUUUGUUGCUACUCGCUGGCAGGUUGUGCUUAAGUUAACUGUGACAGAGCAGGCGUAACGUCCUGUUGAGUUGGAGGUGAUGACGGCCAAUAGACUCCCAGGAGAGCCGUGAUUGGCUCGGCUGAGUCUUUCUGUUUGGUCUAUAUGGCUGGCUAGUUCUUCCUGUAGCUUUAGUCUCUUCAUCUGUGCCUCCAUCAAAGUUCCUUUGCAGGAAACCUUAAUAAUUUUAUAUGCAACAGUUUCUCUUUGCAACACGUCUGGUUUCACUCGUCUCUCUCUCCUCCAGUCGUCAGGUCGGGUUAUGUCCAACACGUCUUGUCAGUUGUUUUGAUGACAUCAGCAUUUUAGAUUUCAAACCAAAAUAGAUCGAGAACUUUGGUCAGAAAUGGAGGAAGCUUCACCUCUAUAUGUAGAAACCUUCCUCUACAAGAAAGACGCAGCCUGUCAGUCAACACACAGGGGUUAAUGGUACAAAUACAAACCCUUGAGUUAUUGUGACGUGCUUCCAGGUUGACUGAGCGUCUCCAAACAUGUUUAAUAAUGAACUUCAGCGCUGAUCUCCGCCACAUUUACGUCGUUCUUUCCUGUCUUUCUGUGAAUCCCUCCUGUGUGGUCGAUAGCUUCACCUCGAGCACCACCACAUCUGCCCGUCACGCCCACACAACACCAGUGUGUUCAAACUGUAGUUGUCUCUGAAACACAGGAAGACACCAGGAGUUUGGGUUUACUGCUCGUCACCGUCUGCAGACUGAAAAUGAUGGCCAAAGAGGGUCGAGCUGAGGUAGGAGUGUGAUAGGCUGACAGACCCGUCAAUCAAGGUAAAAACACCACACAAAAUGUUACUAUCUUCUUUAUGGCACAUUCAUUCUGAAACCAGAAGAAGUGGAGUUAUCUCCUGAGAGCUGAACUUGUGUUAAGACUUUGUUGAGAGAAGUUGAGGUUUUCCAAUCCACCUCAGUAGAAGCGGUGCAUCUUGUAGCGGCAUCUAGUGGACGUUAGAGGAACUGCAGCCGCGAUCUGCGUGUGGCGUACAUUUUCUUCAUCUUCCUCCAGUGUGUCAGCGAGUGUCUGAGUGGACCAAAUGUAUGAUCCAAUGAACACAUCUGCCCAAAUGUAGCAUAAACAAUGACAACAUGUUCAUUUGGAGUUUAUCCGGUUCUUUAAUGUAAAUUCAAUUCAAGUCUAUUAAAAACUUUAUUUGUCCCCCGGGGGCAAUUUGUAGUUAAGCUUCAACACUUCUGACACCAUUAAAAUGCAGAUAUUAAGUAAAUCAGAUUAAUAAUAUAGAAUAUAUCCUGCUAUCCUGCAGCUUUAAGUUUAGUGUCUGUAAACAUACACCACCUGAGAAGAAAGAAGACGUGCGUUCGUCUUGUUAUCUCGUGUCCCGUGUGAUUAUAACAGCGUCUGAUGAGAGACUGGUUGUUGUUUGUGUAACUUUGUGUGUCUCACGAUGUCCACGAGCACCGCCGGUAUCGGCACUGAUGCACUUUGGUGUUCUCUGCACGACGCUGGUGUCUGAACCUUUUGUUCUUUUCUUUAAAGAAAGACUGAAACGAGCUGACUCUUAAACAUGUCGGAGGAUAUACCGUCUGCUAUCGGUCACUUGUAUGUAACGACCGUCGUGCGUGCAUGAAGAGCGCAAUGUUAAAAUGUUUCUUUUCAAUGUCACGUAUGCGCCGGGCUGGAAACGCUUGAGGGGAAACUUGUAACCACAGAUAUAUAUUCUUAUUUCUGUUCUUCACUUAUCGUCAGGAAUGAAAACUGUAUCAGCACAAAGAUAUUUCUAAAAAGCAUCACAUCAAAUGUCAACAAUAAAUGAUUUCAUACUUUGUA